AUGUUGGGAACUGGCCUUGUUAAAGUGGAGAAAGAGAAGCACUUCAAUGGGAAAAGAAAAGACCAAAAGAAAAAAGAUUCGUUGGAGGAUGAUGAUGAUGAUGAUGUUCAACAGCAAUCUUGGAAACGAAAGACAAAAGUCUCUGCUCCUUCUUCUUCUUCGUACUCAGCUAAGGAACCACUGAUGAAGAAGCUCAAAACGAUGGGUAUCUCUGAUGAUGUUCAACAACAAUCUCAGACCGAAGAUGACUACUCAGUAAAGGAACCACGGAAGAAGAAGAUCAAAAGGAGACAUGUCUCUGACGAUUUGGAAGCUCCUUGGGAUACUCUUUUGGAAGAUCGUUGGGAGACUCUUUUCGAAGAUUAUUGGGAGACUAUGUUCUACAAACCACUAAAGAAACUUGAGGAGAGCCUCAUCAAACAACUUUAUGGAACUACCAAACGUCCGGCUGUAGUCACUAGCAAAUCUUCAUCCAAGAAAAACACGGAGAGAAGAACACGUGAAGAGUCAACAGCUACUGCGUCUAUGAUCGAGACAUCUGAAAGUGAAAGCCAAACGUGA